ACAAGUAUAAACACCAGCAAGUACAGCAUCCAGUCCAUCUACAUAUAUAACGCAUAUUGCCGAGCAAGAGGCCACCCAAAACGCUGAGAAAACAAGCGGAUGCAUGAGGGACAGACGGCGCAGCGGAAACUUUGGAGCCACGACGCGUUGUGUAGAAAUCGUCAAACAUCACGAUCGCCCGCCUGCAACUUAUUCUCACACCGCUGUCUCCGCCACAUCUUACGAGCACUUUAUAUUCAGCAGUCAUUCCCACACUCUUUUAUUCGGCACUCAUAAUGACUUCAAAAUCAUCCACCUCGCAACAAACAUCUGGCAGCUCUUUCCGCCUACCCCGUGCCAAGGGGCUUAACAAACCGACGACGUGGUUUGGCGCCCCAUCCUUCGGCAAGUCUUCAACAUCUUCGUCCUCCUCAAGUACGAACACUUCAUCGAGCGCCGAGGGAUCGUCAAGUGCACCUCGAGGACCGGUGGCGCAAAGCCCAAUCCCAAACCCGUUCACUGUCUCGUCAUUCAAAUCCCCUUUCCCAUCAAGCAAGGGUAAACACAAAUUGUCGCCUUCGCCAUCACCCAAACAUCGGGAUGAAGAUUUUGUUAUGAUCUCCCCCGUGCGAACCGAUUCUUCACCUUUAGCAGGCGCUGGCGCCAAGCAAUCCGCUAUUCCUCCUACGUCACCAACGCCGUCCCGAUUUACCUCUCUUAAACCGCAUGCCAUGGCAUUUGAAAAUUAUCACCAAUCCUCUUCAUCUACUCCUGAAACCCCCGAAGAAAGCCCAACACCAGCAUGUGGAAUGUCAAGUGCAACAGCGAGGUUAAGACUUGUGGAUGAUUCGCCCAUCAGGAGAGUGCCAGGACAAAGUAGAAGCUUAAGACCAGGCGCGGUGGGGUCAAAUCCUGCGGAAAGGGAUGAGAGUAGGAGGAAUCUGUUUUUAUCAACGGGUAGUUCCAAAAGCAAGAUGGCAAGUCCUCUGAAGAAUUCCCUUACAGGGAUGUCGGAUGAGGAAUUUUCGCCGACCUUACCGCCAACACCGUUACUGGGCAAUGGUAGCCCUGCGCCGCCGCCUCAGCCGCUGUUUCCAUCUUCUCGUUCGCUAAAGUCGCAAGACGGAACAAGCCCAGCCCCGUUGUUUGGCGACGGCUCAAAGAUUUCCAAGCUUUCAACAUCGCACCCCCUCCGUGCAAGGGCUGGUACUCUUACCGGUACAGGGGAGGGUCCGCCGACACUCGCACAGACGUCGAGCCUUAUUCAGAAGAAAGCUAUUUCGCUUGAUCAUAUUCACUCUACUUCAACAGAUGGCGACGCGUUGUUUGGAAGUAAUUCGCAUAUCAACACUCAUGUACGAAAGACUCGUCCGGCAUCAACGUUUGGGAGUUCAGGUUUGGAAGGCAAGGCGUCUGGUGGAUCACAUGAAGGACGAGCGCAUAAGAGAAUUAACUCGGCAGAUAGGACUACAACGUCGAUGAGUAGAUCGUUCGGCGCCAAAUCUCUUGCCUUGUCUUCAACACCGCAUCUUGGUCCUCUUCCCGACUUCUCAUAUUCGAAUUCAUCACUUUCAUCUCUGUCAACCACAAAUCUCACACCUCCUGCCACCAGCUUUUCGCCUGCUGAACCUCCUAUUUUUGAAAACGUCAGACCUCUACAAGAGGUAUUUGAGCAGCAAAAAGAAAGAUCGGUCACUCACAAGUAUAAGCCUCGAGACUCGGGCAUAUCCAUGUGCGACGAUAGCUCUUCAUCUCGCCCCACCUCCCUUAUUGUACCUCCAUCUGUUGUGAAGCCCGGUCAGGGUCAAUCUCAACAAUCGACUAUGCACAAGCGACCUUCUUCUAUGGGUGACGAGACUCCAGGCGUGGGCCCUAUGAUGGAGAGCGGCUGGCCCUGUAAUCCUCCAUCUGCCUUUGAGUUUUUGGGUGAAAGCGGUGUCGGUCUUGGUAUUGGAGUUCAUCCUUCUGCCGACGCCAAGCCAGCCAUGCCAGGCACACCCGUCAAGAAGCAGGCCUUCAAGAGCGGUGUGGGUCACUCGAUAUCACAGCCCACUCUCGGUUCCGGAUCUUUUAAUGGUGAUGUUGAAAUGAGCGGGCCUCUGGAAGACUCAAACAAGACCAAUCUUCCGCAGUUUCAGCCCAAGCCAAAGAGCACUAUGCCUCCACCUUCGACCAAGAAACCUCCUCCCAGUGUGAUGAAGCGUCGGCCAGGUACAGCUGAAUUACCACGCCUUACGCUUACCGCUUCGAGUUCACCAAUGGCUACGGAAGAUGAACAAUCUCCUACAGUCCGAAAUGGCGAUUCAUCAGGGCAAAAGCUGAAAUCCCUGACAAUGGCAGGGAAAGCCGAUAGUACAGCGGAUCGGUUGAGCAUUGCUGGUGCGGAGAACAUUGUUUGCGAGAGUGAAGAAGAAGACGGGACACCUACAAAAGGUAAAGAACCCAAGGACGCGCUGGCCGCUGUCCGACAUAAUGUGGUAACUCCCACACCUUCACCGAAAGUCACCCUCGGCAAAGCACUGCCUCCAUCAUCAUACAAUGCCAAUCUCAUGCCCCGCAUGUCUCUCCCUGCCAUGCCGCCUCGUAAACCUAAUCCCAACCGUACUCUCAAUCACCGACAGUCUCACCCUGCUACGGGAGCAAACCAGUUAGAGGAAGAAGAUAUCUUUGAGUCUAGGUUUAUCACUAUAGACACUCUGGGAAAAGGAGCGUUUUCGACUGUUGUAAAGGUGCAGGAGAGAAACGGGGAGGGAUUAUGGGCAGUAAAAAAGGCUCGGGGCAUGUUUGAUGGUGCAAGGGAUCGAUUAAGACACUUGGAGGAAGUUGACAUCCUCCGACUUCUCUCAAGGAAACCUUCACCUCACGUGAUCAAAUUUCAGGACGCUUGGGAACAAAACAGACAACUCUAUAUCCAGACCGAGUUGGCUCUGGGUUCUCUGGCGUUCUUCUUGGAGGAGUACGGAAGAGUUGUUGAGAGACUAGAUGAAGGGAGAGUGUGGAAGUGUAUACGAGAGCUAAGCGAUGGUAUCCAUCACAUCCACUCUAACGGCGUGAUUCAUUUCGACAUUAAGCCUGCCAACAUUCUCAUAUCUUCAACUGGUUCCCUCAAGAUUGGUGAUUUUGGUCUUGCUACCCGCUGGCCUCGUGUGGAGCCCGUCGAGAUCCUUAGGGGUGCGGGACUCGGUAUGGGUAACGGGAACAUUGCUAUGCUGGGCACAGGGAAGGAGAAGCUGGAAAGGGAGGGUGAUAGGGUGUAUAUGGCCCCGGAGAUGUUGAGAGGUGUGUUUGUCAUGGCGGCGGACAUCUUUAGCUUUGGCUUGGUUGUGCUUGAAAUUGCCACAAACAUUUGCGUUCCCGACGGUGGCGCCCCUUGGCAUGCACUUCGCGAAAACGACUUCUCCGUCGUCGACCUCUCUCCUCUUUCACCAGCCCUUUGUGACCUCAUAAUCUCAUGCAUGUCCGCCGAGCCUGCCCUUCGCCCUACGAUCGAGAAUGUCGUCAGCCAUCCCGUUGUCCAGCGAGCUCGAAAGGGCAAGGACGCCCUUGCUCCGGAAGAGACGGGGUGGCUGAUGGAUGUCCUUGCUGGGGGAAAGUUCAACGUUCCUGUGGUUCAAGCCGCUCACGGAGAUGAGGAUGUGGAUAUGGGUGAAGAAACAGCUUAAGCUUUGAGGAAGAGCAAUUAGAUAUAGAAUGGAUUGCGCAGUCUCUGCGAAUUGGUUCCAAUUUAGUGUUUGUAUAGUAAAUCAUUGCGUGUAUAGUUAUAAUUUUGAAGUCCUUAUAUUCAGCUGGGGCGUUGUAGAAUAAUUCAAUUGGCUUCGUUCUCUUUCGCAUAGAACUUUUUUUCCUUCUCUUGGAAUUCACAAACAGCACGUUUUUAACCAGUAGAUAAGUCACUUAUUAUCGUAGUAGUUGCGGUUCUGUGGGUCUUGAGUUACGAUAUAUAUACGCUUGAUGCGCUUCUGUCUGAUGAUGCAUGUCUGAGAUGAUG